AUGCAAAAUCGAACAAUAUUAUUAAUUGGUAGAACAGGAAGCGGAAAAUCCACCGUAGCGAACGUAAUAAGCAAUACAAAUGAAUUUAAAGAAAGUUCGGGUUCUACCAGUGAAACUAGAGAUGCCAAU